UUUAACAACAGAUAAAGGAUGGACUUGUAGCUACUGCUGUGGGAUUCUAAGUCCAGGUGAUCAUUUCAAACCAAACAACAACGACAGUUGGAAACACUCACAUGAUAUCGGUAGUUCCAUGAUGGACUCAAAUCAAUAUUUGAAAAAGACAGCAGAAGCAAUACCUCCAAAGGAAAGGGAAACUAGAUGCUGCAAUAGAUUCAAGAUGUUCUUAGUAGCCCUGUCAUUGAGCUUUAUGUGUAAGGGACUAGGUGGAGUCAUCAUGAAAAGUUCCAUCACUCAAAUAGAAAGGAGAUUUGACAUAUCAUCUUCGAUUUCUGGCUUAAUUGAUGGAGGCUUUGAAAUUGGAAAUUUGUUUGUGAUUGUAUUUGUGAGUUACUUUGGAUCCAAACUACACAGACCAAAGAUAAUUGGAAUUGGUUGCUUCAUUAUGGGAACUGGAAGUAUUUUGACUGCUUUACCACAUUUCUUUAUGGGAUAUUACAGGUACUCUAAAGAAACUCUUACUGAUCCGUCAGAAAAUUUAACAUCAAGCUUAUCAACCUGUUCACUUGAUCAGAAUUUGUUACUCAAUAGAACAUCACCUGAAGUAGUAGAAAAAGGUUGUGAAAAGGAAUCUGGGUCAUAUAUAUGGAUAUAUGUACUCCUGGGUAAUAUGCUCCGUGGAAUUGGGGAAACCCCCAUAGUACCCUUGGGGAUUUCUUACAUUGAUGAUUUUGCUGAAGAAGGACAUUCUUCUUUUUAUUUAGGUACUUUGCAUGCACUAUCAAUGAUUGGUCCAAUCAUUGGCUUUAUACAGGCAUCUCUGUUUGCUAAAAUAUACGUGGAUAUUGGAUAUGAAGAUCUCAGCAAUAUCAGAAUAACUCCUAAGGACUCUCGCUGGGUUGGUGCUUGGUGGCUUGGUUUCCUUGUGGCUGGAAUGUUAUCUAUUAUGUCUUCCAUACCGUUCUUUUUCCUGCCCAAAAAUCUGGAUAAAUCACAGAAUGAAACAUCUUUGGAUUUGCUCAAAACAAAUGAGGAAAGGACUCACAUGGCUGACGUGACCAACCAUGGGCAAAAUGUUAGUGAAAAUAUUAGUGGUUUUUUCCAGUCCUUGAAAUGCAUCCUUACCAAUCCCCUAUAUGUUAUAUUACAGUGUUUGUCAUUAAUGCUAGCCAGUAGCCAUAUUGGUGUUAUUACUUAUGUCUCCAAAUACAUAGAGCAACAGUAUGGUUACUCAACAUCUGAGGCUAACAUUUUGCUUGGAAGCUUAACCUUACCAACUGUUGCAACUGGAAUAUUUAUAGGAGGAUAUAUCGUUAAAAAAUUCAAACUUACCUUGCUUGGAAUGGCCAAAUUAUCAUUUUAUACCAAUGUAUUGGCCUUCAUAUUUCAACUAUUAAAUUUUGCAUUAAUUUGUGAAAACAGAUCAGUUGCUGGCCUAACUUUGACCUAUGAUGGAAAUAAUCCAGUGGCAUCUCAUAUAAACGUACCACUUUCUUAUUGCAACUCAGACUGCAAUUGUGAUCAAAAUCACUGGGAACCAGUCUGUGGAGACAAUGGAAUAACUUACAUGUCACCUUGUCUAGCAGGAUGCAAAUCUUCAAAUGGCAAUAAAAAGUCUAUGGUGUUUUAUAACUGUAGUUGUGUGGAAGUAACUGGUGUCCAGAACAAAAAUAAUUCGGUGACUUUGGGUGAUUGCCCAAGAGAUAGUCAAUGUACAAAAAAAUUUUAUAUUUAUUCAGUGGUGCAAGUCUUGAAUUAUUUUUUCUCUUCAUUGGGAAGCACCCCAACUGUCUUGCUGGUUUUUAAAACUGUUCAACCUGAACUGAAAUCCCUUGCGGUGGGUUUCCAUUCACUAACUAUACGAGCAUUAGGAGGAAUUCCAGCUCCUAUAUAUUUUGGGGCUCUGAUUGAUAGAGCUUGUAUGAAAUGGUCAACCAGCAGCUGUGGGAAACAAGGGUCUUGCAGGAUAUAUGAUUCCAUAUUAUAUGGAAAUACCUUCACGGGCUUGACUGAGAGCUUAAGAUUUUCAGCACUUAUUUUAUUUGUUGUAUUAAUUUCCACUAUGAAGAAAAUAUAUCAAGGAAAAGAUACCAAGGCAUCAGAAAAUGGAAGAAAAGAUACAAAUGAAGCAAACUUAGAAUCCUUAAAUAAUGAUGGAUAUUUUGUACCUUCUGCCAAAACAGACAAUGAAACACAUAUGUAAGGGGAGAAAAAAAAAUUAGGUUGUUGUGUUGUAAACCAACAUUGUAUUAAUUUAGUAAGAUGGUAUUUUGAGCAGUUCCUGGUCUUUCACUAACAGUUCUCCCACACUUAUGAUGGUACAGUAAAUCACCUAUGAAUUUAUAAUAAUGAAAUAGACUAUAAAUGAAAUGACAGUAUACAUUGCUUAGGGUAUGGCUAUGCAUUUGAGGUGAAGAUUAAGACACAUGAUCCAUACACAUUUAAAGUGAGAACUAUGGUCAGUAUAUAAUAAAAGAAAAAAUAUUUGCUCAAGUAAUUAUAACUCAAUAAAACCACUGACUAGAAAAUAGAGGGGGAAUGGGAGGAGAGAAAUUAAUAAACUAAAUAAGGAGAGAAGCCUAAUACCUUUUUUAAGCCAGUUUGGCCCAUGUUACUCAAACAUGAAGUUAGUAUGAUAGAACCUUAAUACUAUGAUGACAUUUGUCAUUCAUGUAUUAAGUCAUGUCUUUCACAGACCUUAUUAAUUUAUAAUUUGAAAUUGCAUUCAACUAGAGGCCCAUGAUGCAUCUUCUUCCAACCUUCCAUUAAAAUACUGUUGGAGAAAUAGAGAUAAUUCAGAAUUUGCAAGCUAUGAUUGUCAAACAACAUAUUACGGAAUGUGUUAAGUUUCUUUCAGGACCAUGGAAGUGGAUUAAGAAAACUGACAUUAACUUGAGAAAGCAAAGCCCAUUUAAAAGAUGUCUGCUCCCUGGAAGACAUGGUGUCUGUACGAGAUAAUUUACCAGCUGUUUCUCAAUUGCAUAUUUGUGUGUGUGUAUGUGUUGUUUUUGGUGCACCAAGAGACAGCUUUCACAUCCCCACAAAUAGGACAAGAGGAGAGUGGAUGAGAACAAAUAUUUGAAUAUUGUAUUUGUUAGAUAACAACUCAGCUUUAUACUGAAUGCUAAAACUUGUAGUUUUUAUACUCAUUAGGUUAAAAGACACUUUCUGGCAUUAGAAUAACCUGUGAAACUUUUUGUUUUAAAAGAAACCAGUUGUGCACCCAACCCAGAGAUUCUGAUUCAAAACAUUUGUCAUGCAGCCUGGACAUCUCCUUAAAAAAAAAAAAAAAAUCUGUAUAGUGCCCCUGAUAAAGAGAUACAGAAAAGAAAGCCACAAGAUAGGAGAAGAUAUUAUUGAGUAUAGCAAAGUCACAAAAUAUGAAUGCUUGCUAGAAUCUGAGAAUUAGCUUAGAUGUUACAUAUAUUAAACUAUUCUCAAGCUGUAGCCCUGAGAAAGGAUUCAUUACUCCGCAAGCAGAGAUUUGGAAAAACCACCAACAUGCUAGGUUACUAUGUUACAAGUCUGAUGAGCUCUUAUCUCAGAAAAUAGAGAAAAAUUUGAAGCUGUUUUUUAAAACAUUGCAAAAAAAAAAAGGCAACAUCUUGAAUAUUUAUCUAUUCAACAAUUAUUGAGUAUCAAAUAUCUUUCAGGCAAAAUGAAAUAUAGUAAAGAAAACAAAGGAUGUUAUCUCAUGGAGCUUACACUUUAAAGGAAAGAACAUUAAAUUAAAUAAUUAAAUGUUAUAAAAUGAUACAAAUUAAAAGAAUAAAUUUAUAUUUUUAAAUGUGAUAUGUAUGGUGAAGGAAAAGAACAUUAAAACAUAUGCCUCAGAUUAUUUGAUCUACUUCAGAAUCCAAGAAUCCAGAACAAAUAUUAAUCCUUAAUUCAAUGGCAUUUAUUAAACAGGUAUACAAAUCCUAGGGGGAAACAAAAGGGGGGUGGGUGUUCAACAGACAUAUGAGUAAGAUAAAGAAAGUUUUCAAGGAUGCAAAACAAUACAAGAGUGUAAUUAAAACACACAUUGGAUAAGGUUAAAAGAAGACAAUGGCCAAAAAAACAAAUCAAUGAUAAAGAGGUUACAUUUGGAAAUCUGAAAAUGUGGAGGAAGAAGAUAAAGAAACAAAUUAUGAAAUAGGUAGACAAUUUAGAGGACAAACUAAAGCACCAAACUAGGAAAUCUGAUAUUUUUGAAGAGGAAAUCAGAUUUAGAAAAGAAGCAGUAAAGAUUUAGUUGCAGAAUGCCUUCCUGCUAUGAAGAAAGACUUGAGUAUACAGCCUGAAGACUAUUUGCACCAUGUCUUCAUAUUCCCAUCCAUUUUCAUGCAGUGGGCCUUUGACUAUGAUGUUUCUUCCUCCUGAAAUGCUCUUUUUUCCACUGAAUUAACUGCUUCUCAGCAUUCAGAUAUAGGCUCAAUCACCAUUCCUUCAAUGUCUCUGAUUUCUUCACUGCUUAAAAAUCCUCCAGUUAUAUUUGAAGCAACAUAGCACUUAGCAAAAUAGUAAUUCUAUAUUUAUUUGUGAUUAUUUGUUAACUAUUGGUCUUGCCCACCAGUCAUAAGCUCUAGGAAGGUAGAAACAACACAUUUUACCUAUUUUAUUCCCUGAAUUCAGCUUGGUGGCUGACACAGAGCAGAUGCUUUAUCAAUUAUUUUGAAUGAAUGAAUGAAAGAAUGAAUAAGUGAACUCCAAAAAUUCCAGUCAUAAAAUUAUGAAUGUUAUAAAUAAGAACUGAAAACAACAUGCAUGCAAACAUUUUAAGGCUGCAUUAAGGUAAUUGGAUAGACAGUGAGGGCUUCAGAUGUUUUGAAGAUUGUCUUCACUAUUUUAAAAUGAAAAAACACAUUUUAAAAUGUUAAAAAGUGUCUUUUGACUGCCAUCUAUGUGCUAAGCACAGGAAAUAAAAGCAUUUAUGAAA